CAUUAACAAAAAAACAAACACAUACACAUUCUCUCUCUCUCACAUAAACUAUACUAUAUACACUAUGGCCAAACCAUAUCUUGAGGAAGAUUAUAAUUAUGAUUGCAUGAAACAUUACAAACCAAAACCUCGUUACUAUGCCCAAAAACAACAACAUAGGAAAGCAAAGAAUUUGAAUUUAUCUUUCUUUGCUUCUAUAUUUUCCCUUUUCAUAUACAUAUCCAUCUUUUAUAUUUUCAACCUUUCUCCCUAUGAUCUAUUGAACAACAAUAUCUUUUGGUUCUUCAUGUCAAACACCUUAAUCCUCAUCAUAGCUGCUGACUAUGGAGCAUUUUCUUCAUCAAAAAAGAAGCAAGAUCAUCAAAUUUAUGAAGAGUAUGUAAAACAUAGCCAGCAGCAAGAAGAAGCAAGAAGCUAUGAAGCUGAUAAACAAUGUAUUAUUAUUAGUCCCAAAGAAACUGUGGAUGACGAGAAGAAGAACAAGAAGGAAAUUAUCAUUAAUCAUCAUCAUCAUGAUAAUGAGAUUACACAAGAACGUGUGUUGGAAAUUGUGGCAUACAAUGAACCAAAGAAGAAGAAGCCUAGUGAAAAAGGCUCCAAUAACAAGAAUGAGAAAAACACUAAGCCUCUAUUUCCAUUGCAUGGUGAUGAAGAAGAUGAGAAAGAAGUUGGUAUUGGAAGGAGUUACUAUAAGAGAAGUAAAUCGGAGAGAGGUGAUAGAACUAAGCGUGUUGUGAUUGAUGAGAGUAAGAACAGCAGUGUGAGGAUUAGGAGGUCAGGGAGUGAAGGAGCAAAAGUUGAAGAAGAAGAAGAAGACAAAGAAAAUGAUGAGUUUUCUAAAAUGUCAAAUGAGGAUCUUAAUAGGAGGGUUGAAGAGUUUAUUCAGAAAUUCAAUAAACAAAUUAGACUUCAGGCAGCAGCUAGAAAUAAUACUUAAUUAGAUAUAUAAUAAGGUAUUAUAUAUAGACAUGUAAUGUAUGGGAAGGUGAUAUGCCAGAAAAUUUUGCUAUAUCUUGUGUUUAGCUUGUGCUUAUUUUGAA